GCCACCGCGGGACCAGUUGUGGGACGUCCUACCCAAUGCUGCCUUGCCGUGUGGAUACGAGCGCUCCCAUCGCGCGUGCUUCUCUGCCGGGCCAGGUUCUUGACGCGCGUCGUGCCAUGAGUCGCUACGGUGUGGGACUCGGCCUGCGGGCUCCUCACGGCUUUCUCUCGGUGCUCGACGAUUCCUGCUGCGAGUGAGGCCACAGCGUGCGACGGUGUUGUGCUUUUGCACGCCGGCUGGAUUUUCGCUCCUCUUUGGCGAGAGGCUCUAAAGUGGCAUUGCGUGCGUGACGACCGUUUCGGUUCCUUUCGUACCGAAGAAAGCGCGCCCGGACUCCGGAGCGUGCUGCGCCGGCUGCUGUGGCCUGCAGAUCCACCAGGCGUGGCCGCUCUGCUUCACCCGCCGGGUAGCAAUACAGCUGUGCGAGAUAGACUCCUCGCUGCUUCGACCCGGUGACUUCUACCUGGCAGCCGCCGUGGGUCCCGAGGACCGAGGCCCCUGUCCGGCGAAGCUGGUACUCAAAUACCGCGACGACUUGGGGCACCUCUGUAGCAGGAGAAUCGAUGCGCACGACCUCGGACGGCUCCUGGCCAUGGACUGGACGGCCCCAGGACAGGAGACGGACGAGCAACUGGUGACUCUGCUCAAGCACCUGCUCGUCUCUGUCGAGCGGGGUCUAGAAAGAAUCGAGUGGGACUCUCUGCUGGCGGCCAAUAAGAACUGGCUCUCCGGACACCGCCCGGAGAACUGUCCCUGCAAGGGCCACGCUUCAUCGCCGCUGCAGCAACCCGAGGACGACUGUGAAGGCCCCACUGGCUACGACGAAUCCGCCAAGGACCAGCCGACGGCCGCCUUUUGCCCAUGCUCCAAAAGCAGCAGCAGCGGAGGCGGCUCGAGCGUCGACUCUGUCAGCCGUAGGACGAGCGCGUCCUCCGGAGUCGAUCCCGGACCAUCGUCGAGCGACGACUCUUCGUCCAGGGAAGGCGCCUGCGCUGGUAUGCUGCUUCCAGGUGAGUUAGAUGGCCUGUCUGCCCUCUUCCGUGAGCGGACGUCGCUGUCGAGGGAAGAGGAGCACGACGACGGCUACUGCGACAACAGCCUCGCCCAGCCGACCAGCAUGAGCCAGCUGGCACAUCGGCUGCUGCUCUCCAGGGUCGCAUGUUUCCCAGGAUGCAGGGAUGUGAACGGACGGGGCAUAGCUAUCAUUAGCAGUUCGGCAUUCAAGGAUGUCCCAGAGCUGACGCCAUCGCAGCUGGCACAGAUGUUGAUGUACUUCUACACAAUACCAAAGAAAGAAAUCAGUGUUCGUGGAUUCCUCCUGCUCGUCGAUGCCGCUGACGCAAGCGAACAGCUCUGGAAACUGCUCGACGAGGCACUCUGUCUUCUUGAGGCAAACAUCAACAACGCGAUCGACAUCGUAGUUGUGGCGAAUGCUCAUUCCCCUCUGGAAGUCAAGGCACUCUUGUCUCAAACAAGAGCUAAGAUUGUCCAAGUGACAUCGCAAGAGAAGUUGCUGGAGUUCGUGGACAAGGACAACCUGCUUCCAGAAUUUGGAGGAACCUACACUUAUGAUCACCAGGAGUGGAUGAGCUUCCGAAAGUUCCUGGAGCCGUUUGUGUCCGGCUGUCGGCUGUCCGGGCGGCAACUAGUCUCCGUGAUGCAAGAGCUGCGAACGAGUCGGGUUCCGCCCUCGUCAGCGCUGGCGCUGCAGCUGAUCGACGCCCAGAAGCGGCACAUCCAGGACACCUUCCGGGACGAACAGCUACGCCACCUGCAGGAAGAAGGGGACACCAUACUGCAGGAGCUGCAAGCGUACCGAGCCCGGUCGCCGCACAAUCUCGACUACCGGGAUGCCUUGGAGAAGAGUGGUCUUCUGUACAACGAGCUGAAACGCGCCAUGGCGAAGCUGGCCAAGCUUGCAGACAAGAGGCUGCAACGUCUCCAAGAAUGCAUGCUCGUGAGGACCUUCGAAGAAGAAUCUAGUCAAGUGCUGUCGUGGAUCUGCAAAAACGGAGCCGAGGCCCUGUCCAAGCAUUUUUUUGUGGCAGAUUCGCUUUCAGCCAUUCAAGAUCAAGAGUACGAGUUCGAGAAAUUCUACUUCCUCGCCAUGAGGCAGAUUGAAAAGGGCAAUGACCUUCUCGAAGAGGUGACCAUGACAUCUUCAGUCGCCGGCUCAGCCAAGAGCACUCGGGAGCUUGCAGUGUCACUCAAGCAUCACCUGGAGUGUUUUACUGAGAAGCUGGAGGACACCCGGGAAAAACUGGAGGACACGUCGCGGUGCUACCUUCUUCUGGACCACAGCUAUGAAUGGGCUCUGGAUGCCAUGAAAUUUGUGUCAAGCAUGAAAAUGGAUACUGCCUCUACUCCUGAAAGUAUGACACAGCUCAUGAGGCUUCUGCAAGACUAUCAAGAAGAGCAUCCUGCACCUUCGGAGCAGAAUUUCAGCGAGAUGCUGGACUUGUCGUCUAAGUUGGAUAAUCCCAAGCUUGUGGAGCAGUGCAAGACUGCCCAAGCCAGGUGUCGUGAAACGGCUGAGCUGAUGGAAGCGCGCCACGCGACAUUGCUGCGAGCUCGCCAGCAGCUGGAGCUAGAAGGUCGCAAAUCGCCGUCCCUAACUGCUAGCUUCCGUUCGUCAGCUAUGGAUGGGUGCAGCCUCUUUCCUCAAAAUAGUUGGACUCCUGGCUCGACCAGUACACCGUACUGCUCAUUUGUGCGGCGCCGCUCUAUUGCCACUACUCAACCCCAUCUGUACUCAACUCCACCUCCCAUGAACUCUUACACAGCAUUCCCAGCAUCUGGAGGCUCUUCAGCGGUGCCAGACUCCUUCGCCCUCGAUCAGUACAUCCAAGAGAAGGAAGAGCAGCUCCUCAGCCAGGGCCUCAUUACUGAUGACCUGACACGAAGAGGUCCCGUGACAUCCAUUUCGCGGAGCUUCCUGGAGUCUCGGAGCAAAGAUGGCUGUCCCAGAUCUGCAGGGCUGAGUGCGCUGCGGGAAAAAGUGCGCAACUCAUUGCACAAGGAAGGCCACCAGUGUCGUCCGCAACGCAAGCUUAUGCGGCGCAGCUAUACAUGGCAGCUUUGUGAGGAAGCACUGAGCCGAGUCAGCGACAGGGUCCGAGCGCAGAAUGAACGGUUGGUGUCUGACCGCACAGCCAUGUCGGACCUUGAAGGCAGCGAUGGACUCGCAAGUUCCAUAAGCUCUCCUGAGUCUGAGGAGCUGACCUCACUGGAUUCUGAGCAAGCCAAGAAUGAAGGGCAGUCAACUGACCUUGGUCGAGGCAGCAGAGUGCCUGUCCCAGUCAACAGUCAUCUCUUGACCCGAGCAUCUGCUUUGCAGCUAGCUGACUCGGCGAUUAGCGAUGCCAAUUUCAGCGAGGAACAGCUAAGGAACAGGAAAACCCUGCUACUUAUUAUGCGUGAAAUGGUACAAACAGAACGGGACUAUGUCAAGUCAUUGGCAUAUAUUAUUGAGAAUUACAUUCCGGAGUUGAUGAGGGAAGACAUACCCCAAGCCUUGCGGGGCCAACGCAACGUUGUUUUUGGAAACAUAGAGAAGAUUUACGAGUUUCAUAGUCUCUACUUCCUCCAGCAGUUGGAGCAGUGUGAAUCGUGCCCCUUCAUGGUUGGACAGUGCUUCCUGCAAUAUGAGCCUCAGUUUUACCUCUAUGCGCUGUACAACAAAAAUAAGCCAAAGUCUGAUUCUCUUAUGUCCGAAUAUGGAAAUGCAUUCUUCAAGGAAAAGCAGCUGGAGCUUGGAGACAAGAUGGACCUUGCCAGCUAUUUGCUGAAGCCAGUACAAAGGAUGGGCAAGUAUGCCCUCCUGUUAAAGCAAAUCCUGAAGGAGUGCCCUGAAAGGGAGCCCGAGCAUGCCGAUUUAAAGGCUGCUGAGGAGAUGGUUCGCUUCCAGCUUCGCCAUGGUAAUGACCUGCUUGGCAUGGAUGCACUUCGUGAAUGUGAUGUGAAUGUGAAGGAGCAAGGACGGCUGCUUCGUCAAGAUGAGUUUCUUGUCUGGCAGGGGCGUUCUCGCAAGUCUCUACGACAUGUGUUUCUUUUUGAAGACCUCAUCCUUUUUAGCAAAGUUCGCAGAGAUCCCGAGCACAAAGGCCAUGACAUUUACCAGUACAAACAUAGCAUCAAGACAACAGACAUUGGCCUCACAGAGCAAAUUGGCGAAAGCCCAACCAAGUUUGAAAUCUGGUUUCGCAAGCGCAAGUUGAAUGAUGUGUACCUCCUUCAAGCACCCAACCCCGAAGUGAAACGGGCCUGGGUGCACGACAUCUCCAAGCUCCUCUGGAAGCAGGCGCUGCGAAACAGAGAGAUGCGCCUUGCAGAGAUGUCGUCCAUGGGUAUUGGAAACAAACCUUGCCUUGAUAUUCGUCCUAGCAGUGACCAAAUCAACGACCGCUCCAUCACUUUCCAGCAGCUUAGCCGAACUGCACCCCGGCUGCGCAGCCCUCUGGGUCUCCUGGAGCUGGGCCGAGAAGGCGGAGCCAGCAAGCGACCUCAUUCCAUCAUCUCUGUGAGCUCUUCGUCUUCAUCUUCGUCAAGCCAAGGCUCUCUCCACUGUGCUCUCAACCUGGGUUUUGAGGCUGGAGAUAGCCCUCGACCUCUACAGCGAUCACUGACCCACCAGUCUCACUGCUCCACUGAGAGUGGUUUCUGCACAGAUGCCAGCACCGCUGGGGACUGCAGCGCAGAUGCAUCGGUGCUGAUGAUGCGAAGGCACCGUAAAGCAGAACGCAGUGACUCGCUGCUGUCCAAUGAUUCUCUUGCCACGCAUUCAGAAGAAGGAUCCCAUUGUGGAGAAGAGGUCACCUCCUCACUGCACACCCAGGGCUUUUCACUGAAUGAAACCUGACUUCAAAUGCAACAUCAACAAGAGGAGCAGUUUUAAAAACGCGGAAUCGCAAAGCACACGAUGAUGCUUGUGUCUUUAUUAUGUUAUUUUUCAUCAAGUAACUUAUUUCAACUGUAAAAUGGGGGCAAGCAGUCGUGUGAAAAAAAUCAAAAGAUAGAACGAAAUAUAGUGGAGUAGAGCACCACUGUAACAACCAGCAAACCUCAGGGUCCUUCUUGUCUUGUAUUACUACUACCAUUAUUCGUGUUGAGUAUUUUUUUUAUUGCUUUGUGAGGGUUCAUGUUUUUUUUUUUCUCCUUAGUCCAAUUUCAUGCUGCCACGUCACCUGAAGAGGAAGACAUGAGCUUAACAUUGUACAAUGUGCCAUAGGAGUUGUGAAACUGGGUCUUCCUCCUCCUUAGCCCUCACACUCUGUAAAAUUUACCUGAAAUGUCACAAAAGCCCCCCCCCCCCCCCCCCCCGACAGGAGCAGGUGCAAAAUUUUCAGUUGUGUGCCACUCUGUGAAUUCUUACUUGGAGGCGGGGUCAGUGGGCGGUGCUGGCCAAUGCUUGAUGCCGGUGUGUGGGCUCUCUGGAUUUGGCAGCCCUUCCACGAGCUGUCCUCUAUAGGAGUCGUCUUAAAGAUUGCGCCAGCGCUAUCAACUGGGUGACCUGAGUGUGGAAGUGAACGAGGCUUCUCUUCUUCCUCUUUAUUCUUUCUCUUUUGGUUUCUUUUUGCUGUACUUUUAAGAAAAAACUAGUUGGCACCAUUCUCUUCAUCUGCAUUUCGUGGCAACAUUGUCUGCGGUUUUCCUGGUGUUUGCAUUAAGUAUACCUAUAUUCAAGACUGCCAGAAAAGGGAAAGAAAAAAAAUGUCUAUGGAACAAAUUCAAUUGGGCAUGUUUGUUUUCUCAGUUCUGUUCAAUGCUCAGUAGCUUGUGGAAGUUGCCCUCUCCCUGUGUAUUCCUUUCUUUCCCUUGCCUAGUGCUCUUUAUGGAGGCACCUACCUGUGUGUGUGUGUGUGUGUGUGUAAUGUGUGCAUGUAUGGGUGCAUGCAAGCCGAGUGUGUGACAUGUAGCAUGCUGUUGCAUUAAAGUGUGAAUGUACUAGUGUGUUUACAACGAUACCUCUUAUAUUCCUAUUAUUUUUAUUAUUGUGGUUGCUUAGUUAUGCCUGAUAUUAUUACAGCCGUCAUGUUAUUUAAUUGCAUAGAGGAGCAGUGCGGUUAGUUGGGAGUGUGCUAAUCUUGUGAGAUAUCCUUAGAAUGUUCCACUGUUUCAGAUCUAUCAAGUGAUAAGCAUGCUGAGAAAUGUAAAAUAGGGGAUACUUCUAGCAGUAGAAAAAACUUAUAUUAGGAGCAGGCUGCAAAACUGCUGCUUCAAGCAAUUGCUCUUCUCUGACUUGUACAUAAUUUGAUUGUAAAUGUCACAAAUUCCAAAAUUUUCUUAAUUGUUCCUUCUGGUCACUUAUUCACUUGUGCCAUUUUUGAUUUAACUCUGUUAUGAACCUUACUGGAUCUGUGUUGUGAUGCCGUGUUUUCUUUUGUAAAUCUUAACACAGUUGUUCUGUGUACCUAUUUCUGGUUUGUAUAAAAAUAAAUGUUUUUGCCUAAUACUUAGUGUGUCGCUCUGUCAUGUGUCAUUGUGUGAAAAGGUUAUGGGCAGCAAUACUGCAAAUGUACUCAAUUUAACUGGGUUUGUAAGAGAUGCAAAGGGUUGUAAUUAAAGGGGCCCUGCAACACCUUCCCAAGCAACCAUUGAAUGACUUUAUUAAAGGAGUUGAUUACCUCUCAAAUCACUCGCUGCAAAAAUAUUUAAAAUCCGUGAAGUAUGAAUAAAGUUUUAGAGAUUUG